CUCAGGAUGGCUGCAGAAGCCCUCGCCAGCUGCCCCUGGUGUCCCGGGAGAUGGCACAUCCUGUCCCUGGCACAGUGAAACUCCCCCAAACCCUCUCAGCUUUCCUACGUGCCACCUCUGCCUCCUGGCAAUUGAUGUCACAGCGGGUCCAGCCGGUCACCUGAGCUCCCUCCUCCCCAUCCUGCCGUUUCUCUUUCCCUUCCCUGUGGCUUUGUGCCGUUUUUCCCCCUCUGCGAGCUGAUGUCUUUCUUUUCCCACUUCCGUAGCUACGAACACCCACAUGCCUUAUCUCCUUCCCCCAUCCCAUCCUGAAGCCUAUUUAUACAGAGCCUGGCUCCUGCCCAGCCUGCCAGCGACGCCGCAGGAGCGGGACGGGGCUGGCAGCGCCCGCAGCCCAACAUGCUCUGGGCUGCACGGGGAUGUUUCCUGCUCUGCCUGCUCCCGUCCAUCCUCAGAGCCCGGGCUAGCCCCGAGACCAGGCCCAGCUCCCCACUCUGCCAGCAGAGCCCCACGAAGGUGUCUUGCAAAGGAGUUGGCCUGCAGAAAUUUCCCAAGGAGCUUGGCCAAGGAAUUAAGUACCUUGAACUCUCCAACAACUUCAUCCAAAACCUGUCAGGCAGCAACAUGCCAGGAUUUGGGCAGCUGGAGUACCUGGAUGUGUGCUUCAACCAGCUGGAAUCCGUGUCAGCCUCCGCCCUGGCUGAGCUGCCUCGGCUGCGCUCGCUCCUCCUGGGGUCGAACCACCUGGACCGGAAUUACUUGGCUAACGGGGAAGCUUUCCAUCUGCUCAGGAAUAUAGAGGUCCUGGACCUGUCUGUGAAUAACCUGGAGAGCCACAUGGCCAGCUGGUACAUCAGCAACCUCACCAGCCUGAGGGUGCUGGAUCUCUCCGGGAACACGAUGACCAAGCUGCUGGCAGGGACCUUCCGGAACUCACCGAGGCUGCGCCAGCUCGACCUCAGCAACAACUACAUCAUGGAGAUCCAGGAGGGAGCUUUUGAGCCUCUGGAAGAGCUGGAGGUGCUGAACUUGGCUUUGAAUUCCCUCCACUGUAUCUCUGGCUUCAGCCUCACGCAGCUGCGAGUUUUAAACCUCAGCCACAAUGCCCUGGAGCUCUUCUCCGAGGAGGAGGGAGCGGAGCCCUACCUGCUCCGAGUGCUUGACUUGAGCCAUAACAGACUCCUCUCUUUCCCAGAGCUCCUCAGAGCCCAUGAUCUCACACACUUAAACCUCUCCAACAACCUCAUUGCUUCCCUGCUCCCAGGCUCACCCCAUCCCAGGGAGUUUGUCCUGCCCUACAAGGAGAUGCAGAGGUUCAACAGGACCGCGCGUCCCGUGGCUGCUCCGACGCACGUGGCUGACCUGGAUCUCAGCAAUAACCGCCUGCAGCUGUUCCCAUUUUCCUUCUUCCACAGCCUGGGCUCCCUGCACAGCCUCAGCCUGGCAAGAAACUGCCUCCAGGACAUGGCCAGGGAGUCUGUCACCAAUGGCACAGAGCUGUCUGUGCGCUCGCUGGACCUCCGCAGCAACGCCCUCCGUGUGCUGCCACGGUGGUUCUUCGAUUCCCUGCCUCACCUGGAAUCCAUGGAUCUGGGCUCCAAUAGCCUCCAGCCUUGUGAGAGCCAGGGGAGGGACCAGGGAAGGGGUUUCCCAGGGGAUUCUCGCACAUCAGCUGCUGGAGACACCUGCACCCCCUUCUACAAUGUGCCUCACUUGAAGCACCUGAGCCUGUCCAAGAACAACAUCUCCAGGCUGCAGCCCCACGCCUUCAAUGGGACCCCACUGCUCUCCCUGGACCUGUCAGGAAACAGAGACUUAUCCAUGCCCACAGGAGCACUGGCAGGGUUGGAGCUGUCCCUGCAGGAGCUCUCUCUGAGGGACAACCAGAUGGACAAGGCAGCACUGCCCUGCCUGGGCACGCUCCGAGUGCUGGACCUGUCGGGCAACCACCUGAGCCUGCUGCCCCCAGGGCUUUCCUGCUCCCCACUGCAGAGCCUGGAUGUUCGGAAUAACAACCUGCAGGACUUGGAAGCAGUCAGGAGCUGGUCCCACAGCCUGAGGGCCGUGUCUGUGGCUGGGAACCCCUGGAACUGCUGCUCGCUGGGCUGGCUGGGCACGCUGCAUGCGGCCGGCGUGGCCGUGCCGGACCUGAGCCAGGCCCGCUGCCUCUUCCAGGAGCACGGCCGCAAUAUCUCGGCCAGGAUCACCGGCACUCCCCGGUGGAUCUGUCCCCAGCCCGAGGGCACUGCCUUCCUGGCUCUGCUAGUGGCCCUGAUGGGCCUUUUCCUCCUUGGUGCCUGGGUUUUCUGCCUCCUGAGGAAAGGGCAGAAGGCUCCGGGAUGUGCGGGACUUGAGAGCAACAGGGUGGGAGCGUCCCAGCUCCAUCCCAAAGGACAGGGGCCAGCUGAGGAGAGGCCACCUGACAGCAUCACCAAAGUGUAGCCCAGAGCUGCAGCCAUCGGUCAGAACUCUAAUUAUUAUUAAUAAUAUUAAUAUUAAUAAUAUUAUUGUGGUUGAA